AUGAACAGAUUGAACUUCUUCAAAGAUCGUUUGUCCGGAGACCGCCUAGUGCCUCCACUUGACGACUGCCCUUUUUCAAGGGCUCGACACUCAUUUCUGAGUAAUCUUUCAGAAACGAUGACGUCAUUCAACUGGAAGCAACACCAGCAUUUCUUGAACACUUUCAAACAGUACAGAACUGAAAUUGAAGGUCUCACCAUACACUUCUUACGUAUCUCGUUGCCAAAAGGAGCCAUCCAAAAAUUUAGUACCUCUCUUGAUGCUUCACGGUUUUCCUGGAAGCUACUGGGAUUUCUACAAGGUAAACUUUACCUUCAAUUAAAUAUGAAUUGA